AUGCAAUAUGUUUCGGGCAAUCAGUCUGAUCUUGUCCCUGAUUUGCCUACGCCAAGAACAUGUACAGACAAUGACACUAUGUUAAGAAUGGGUGUACCAUACAAUAUCUUUGAUCGAGGUGAUUUUUCAGCCUUUUACAAGGAUAAUUAUACCGGUGAACCUUGGAUAAAAAUUGAUACAAGAAUGAUCUCGAAUAUUUUAUCCGAUAGUGGACAAGAACCUGUAUUUUCAGGAAACCCAUUGGAUGAAGACCAUCCAAAUAAUUCAUUUAAUCCUGCUCAAAAUCCUCAUGACGCUGGUAAUUCAUACCUUGACCUAUCAAAUAUUCAUGGUGUAGGAGAUGAUGUUCAAAACAAUCUUCGUACACAGGUAGAUGGAAAAUUAUAUUUAGAAACUUAUUUUGGAAGCGGUGGUGCUUAUAAUAAAAAUCUUACAAAUGUAACUGCUGAACGAAUGGCUCCAAGUCCUGGAAAAGCUGAUGUUUAUCCUAAUCUUACACCACCUUCUAUCAGAGCCAAUGAUGCCAUGGUUAGUGGUGAUACUCGGUGUUCUGAAAAUAUCCAAUUAUGUAUCGUGACUACACUCGAACAUAAUUGGAUGACAAUCGCUGAAUAUCAACAAAUUAUAUUUAAUGAAUAUUUGCCUGCUGUGCUUGGCGUUAAAAUGGGUUAUGAUCCAAAUUUACGUCCAGAAACUUCUAGUCAUUUUUCUGGUGCUGCUUUUCGUUAUGGAGAACUUAUUGAACUUCAUUCUGACUUUCAUUCCCCAAUUAUCAUCCAAAUUGCUUCUUCUUUGUUGGCAAAUCGCAUGUUGAGAGAAACUGCUGCUGAAUUUUAUUUAAUUAUCACAACUGGAUUGAGAAAUAUACCUGGUGGUAUGAACUUGUUUGCUAUUGACAUUGGUAGAGAAAUAAAGAAUGUGAUGAAGAUUCUGAAGAAGACUCAAUUGAUUAUAACAUCUAAUAUGACUAUAGUAACCGGUUUACAACAAAUUUAUAAGAAGGUUAGCAACAUUGAUGCAAUAGUUGGAAUGUUUGCAGAAGAAAAAGAAAGUCCAACAACUCCAUUACCACCAAUAAUAGCUAAUAUAAUAAUGCAAGAAUUUAUACGUAAAAGAAGUUCUGAUCGAUUUUGGUAUGAAGGUGAUGCUUAUACUGACGAGGAGAGAUCAAUAAUAAAGAAAACUGCCAUGAGAGAUAUUAUCUUGAGAAAUACAAAUGUUAGAAAUAUACAGAUUAAUCCAUUUAAAUCUCCUUCCAUUAGGAUUAACUCGAAAUUAGACUAUAGAUUAUCCUUUGAGUGA